AUGGCCCGGCACGCCAAGACGGACUCCGACGUGACGAGCCUGGCGCCGUCGUCCCCGCCUCGCUCCCCGCGCCGCCCGGCGUACUACGUGCUCAGCCCCGCCGCCUCCCACCCCGACGUCGUCGCCGUGGGCGGCGCCUCGGGCUCGGCCGCCGCCGCCGCCGCGGCCGAGAAGAUGUCGCUCGCCGGCUCCACCCCGGCCGAGUCCCCGCUCCACUACCACUUCCACCACCACCCCGCCGCCGUGCACCACUCCCGCGAGUCCUCCAUCGGCCGCCUCCUCUUCUCCGACCAGCUCCGCUCGGGAGGCGGCGGCGGCGGCGCCGCGGGGGCCGUGCCCUGGCGCCGCCUCGGCCACGGCCACGGCAGCGGCGCCGGGAGCGUCGGGGACGACGGCGAGGACGAGGACGGGGCCCGCGGCGCCGGGUGGUCGCAGUCGCCGUGGAGGUUCUACGCGCUGGGGGCCGUCGUGUUCGUCGGCGUCUUCGCCUUCUUCUUGCUCGUGCUGUGGGGCGCCAGCAAGUCCUACAAGCCCCACGUCGAUGUCAAGAGCGUGGUGUUCGAGUCGUACCACAUCCAGAGCGGCACGGACCGGACGGGCGUCCCCACCAGGAUGAUGUCGGUCAACGCCACGGUCAGGCUGCGCUUCCGCAACCGGGGCACCUUCUUCGGCCUCCACGUCACCGCCACGCCCUUCCUCAUCUUCUUCGACGACCUCACCGUCGCCUCCGGGAACAUGAAGGAGUUCUACCAGCCGCGGAAGAGCGGGCGCGUGGUGACGGUGUCCGUGGCGGGGAAGCAGGUCCCGCUCUACGGCGCGGGCUCGAACCUGCACAGCAAGCCCAACAACGGCCGCCUGGGACCAGCGGUGGUGCCCGUGAGGCUGGCCUUCGUGCUCCGGGCCCGCGCCCACAUCCUGGGCCUCCUAGUCCGGUCCAAGUUCUACCGCCGCGUCCUCUGCCGGCUCGACGUCCGCGAGGCGCACCUCGGCAAGCCCGUGCGCGGCGUCGCCGCCGACUGCGAGUACCACGACGGGAGGUGACAGUAGCAAGUACCAUGGCGUCCCAAUUCGCACUGUACGACUGAUGCUUGAUUAGAUGUAGUAGCAGUUUGGUCUGAUUCUGGUUCUGGACUCUGCAGACACCGCUAGUAAAUGCUAAUUUGAAGUGAAGACCAUGCAUCUGAAAUCAGAAACAGCAUUGCCCUAAUCCACCCUCCCUAUUAAGCUA